CUGCACCUGCUUCUGCUUCUGCGUCCUACCCACGCGCCCACGUAAGGGGAGCCGGCACUGAGAUGGACCCCUCACGGGCCCAGAGCGCGUGCCGAGCAGUGAAAGGACGGCCGCCCACCUGCCCGAGGUCGGGCAUUGAUUGGCUCUGCCUGGCGCAGGCCCCGCCCUCUCAGCAGACAGCGGUGCUCUGCAGACCUGAGCAGUUGCUCUGGCUGCACUCGGGAGGGAGCCAGUUCUGUGCUGGAUUCUGCGCUCGUAGGAUAUCCAGCAGCCUGGGCCCAGGCCCGGCCACCAUGGGGCUGCCUCAGGGCCCAGCUACCCUCCCGCACACACUGCUGCUCCUGCCAACCCUUCUGAGCUCAGGUUGGGGGGAGUUGGAGCCACAAAUUGAUGGUCAGACCUGGGCUGAACGGGCACUUCGGGAGAAUGAACGCCAUGCCUUCACCUGCCGGGUGUCAGGGGGACUUGGCACUCCCCAGUUGGCUUGGUACCUGGAUGGACAGCUUCAGGAAGCCAGCACCUCAAGACUGCUGAGUGUGGGCGGGGAGGCCUUCUCUGGAGGCACUAGCACCUUUACUGUCACUGCUCAGCGGGCCCAGCAUGAGCUGAAUUGCUCCCUACAGGACCCAGGCAGUGGCCGGUCAGCCAACGCCUCUGUCAUCCUCAAUGUGCAAUUUAAACCGGAGAUUGCCCAGGUUGGAGCCAAGUACCAGGAAGCUCAAGGUCCAGGCCUCCUGGUUGUCCUCUUUGCCCUGGUGCGUGCCAACCCACCUGCCAAUGUCACCUGGAUCGACCAGGAUGGGCCAAUAACUGUCAACACCUCUGACUUCCUGGUGCUGGAUGCUCAGAACUAUCCCUGGCUCACCAACCAUACUGUUCAGCUGCAACUCCGCAGCCUGGCACAUAACCUCUCAGUGGUGGCCACCAAUGAUGUGGGUGUCACCAGUGCCUCGCUUCCGGCCCCAGGACUCCUGGCCACCCGGGUGGAAGUGCCACUGCUGGGCAUCGUUGUGGCUGGAGGGCUUGCCCUGGGCACCCUAGUAGGAUUCAGUACCUUGGUGGCCUGCCUGGUCUGCAGGAAAGAGAAGAAGACCAAAGGCCCCUCCCGGCGCCCAUCUCUGAUUUCUAGUGAUUCCAACAACUUGAAACUCAACAAUGUGCGCCUGCCACGGGAGAACAUGUCCCUCCCAUCCAACCUUCAGCUCAAUGACCUCACUACAGAUUCCAGAGGGAAACAAGCAGACCAGCCAAUCGCUCGCAACAGCAGCCGGCCAGAGCUUCUGGACCCUGAGCCUGGUGGCCUCCUCACCAGCAGAGGCUUCAUCCGCCUCCCAAUGCUGAGCUACAUCUAUCGAGUGUCCAGCGUGAGCAGUGAUGAAAUCUGGCUCUGAGCUAAGGGUGAGAUGGGAGUGCCCCACCCCACCCCAGCUUCUGGACACCCUGAGCACCCUAACCCCAUGCUCCUCUCCAGGUCAUCCUCUACCUGGCUAUACUGCUAGCAUGAAGAGGCCAUGCAGCUGCCACUUGCUGGGUCUCCUCCCUGGGGUCCCCUGUUGUUCAUGCACAUUAUAUGCUUCACUGGGAUCUGACCCAUGGAGCACAGGUAUCAUUGGCAAGACUGCCAGCCAGAACUAAGCCCCUGUGUCAACUCAGGUUGGGUGCCUACACAUGAUGACUGGGCCUUAGCAAGUGGCGCUCUGGCCAUGUGUGUUCAGGUAUCACCCAGCAUCCAAGCGUGGCUACAUGCCCCAUAUCAGUACUCCUUAGCACCUUGUACAGUAGGCAUGGGGGAGGCCCUGCAUGUCCUGGAUGUCCUUUCUGUGCUAUGCAGCUCUGUUCCCUCAGGAACAUCUUGUACCCUGCCUGCUGCAUAGAACCAAACUGCCCUUUGCACAGGAGCCAACCCCUGGCCCAGGGGCCCUGGCCAAGGACAAAUUAGUCCCUUUUGCUGCAUACAUCUCUGCCCUUCUCUGUUCCUUUGCCCCACCUCCUCUUGGGCAUCACAGGUUAUACAUUGGACCCUCUUCAAUGGGCAUUAGACUUCCCCAUUGGCCUGGCUUCCAGUGAUAUAGUGCCAGGUGUUAGCACAAGUCGGGAAGGAAGAGAGUGGUCCCCAGGAUAGCAAAUGUGGUGGUGCCCAGAAUAGCAAGAAGCUAUGCAUCAUUUUUUACAGUGUUAGCACUUUAAGAACAUCCCCUCGGUGAGGGGGCAAGAGAUGGCCCCAAAGCCCUCUUGGCUUCCCAAAAGUUGGCCUUCCUAUUAUUCACUGUGAGUGUCCUGAGCCCUCAGGAUUGAGUUUUCUCUCAGCGUAAACCUCCCCCACCAGUGGGAUCCCAGCUGUGACCAGCCCCUGGCUGCUCCAUCAGAAGGAAUUCACUGAUCCCGCCCAACCUCUGUUGUUUAGGAGAUGGUCACAGUGGGCACAGAAGCUUUAGGGGUAGACCACAUAUCCCCAAAUGUUCCAAGAAUGCUUUGAAAAGCAACAUGGAAAUAACUAGAAAUUACCAAGAUACAGAAUAUAUUUUUUCCUUGUUACUAUCUUGUUUUGUGAUUUUUCUCAUGUUACUGCCUAGGACUGUGCUUGGAACACAGUAAAAUUCAAUAAACUUAACUGAAUGAAUGUCUC